UGCAAACCUGUUUGUUUUCCAGUGGUUUACAUAUACCUUUCAAGCAUUCCGGACGCGCGCGGUCAGGUCACGGUUUGUAAAUGGCAUUCAGGAAUGACACAGUCAUGAUUAUUGAACUCUGUUCAACCUUGCCCUGGUGCUGCGUGACCCCAUUGGUACGGCAUCUGUAGCUGUCAAGGGUGUUCAUUGUUGUUCCCGAACUAAAAGCACAAUACACCACUUGCAGAUUUCGGACUCAAGGACGGGUGAAGUGACGGUGGUUAUCGUGGAUGUACAUGUACGUGUAUACCUGUGAUGGGAGAAGUAAUGUAUUUUGAGCGGACACUACACUGCGUGGUCGCAUAGCCUUUCACCGCAGCUUUGACUUGAACAGAUUCCCAGUUACAAUGUUGUGGCGGUUAUUUUGCAUGAUUCUGGCAUGGGCUUUGUUGAAGUUUCUUGUGUCUCUCUGGAAGGCCAUAAGCACGCGGAAUGCCCUGAAGAAGCUACCCUCUCCACCUGGUGCGCAUUGGCUGCAUGGCCAUAACAAGCAGGGUCCCUUUGACCCGGGCUACAAGUGGCUGAUUGACACCGUGGCAGCCUUCCCCCGUGUCUACACCUUGUGGCAAGGAUUAACGCCCAUGCCUAUGCUGGUCCAUCCCGAAACCAUCAAGCCGCUUUUGAUGGGUACUGUGAGCAACAAGAAAUCUGAAUUCUACGACCUCUUUAGUGAUUGGUUAGGCGGGGGCCUGGGCAUUGCAAGAGGCGCCAAAUGGAAGAGGAACCGGCGCCUCCUGACCCGCUCAUUCAACUUGGAUGUCCUGCGCACCUACACUCCUGUUUUCAACGACUGCGUGGAGGUGUUGCUUGAAAAGAUGAACCAAGCUACUGGCGAAUGUCAAAAGUUUGAAAUGUACCAUGGUCUUGUGCUUUGCACCUAUGAUGUUAUUCUCCGCACUGCCUGCUCUUACAAAUCAAAUUGCCAGAUCUCGAAGAUUGAGCAGGAAAAUGGGAUUGAUGUUCUAUCGGCAUGUGAAACCUUGAUACGGUUCAUCCAAAUGCGCCAGUACGGCAAUAGGCUUCUUCUCAUCCCGUGGAUCUUUCGGCUGAGUGCCAACUACGCUGAGUACAGGGAUGCUUUCCAGUACCUCCACAAAUUCGCCAGAAAACUGGUCAAGGAGCGACAGAAAGAAAUAUCUGAAAAGGCUGCUGCUGCUGUCCCAUUAACCAAGCCCCGUGAUUUCCUGGACACGCUCAUCAUGGCCAGAGAUGAAGAUGGCACCGGACUCACCGUGAAGGAGAUGGUAGACGAGGUCAACAAUUUCCUGUUUGCCGGCCACGAGACCACGGCUACUUCCAUGACGUGGUUGCUGUACUAUCUAUCUAAGCAUCCUGAACACCAAACCAAAAUCAGGGAAGAGGUGGACGAGGUACUUGCCGCAAGAGACUCCGAAAGAAUUACUGUUAAGGACCUGAGCCGUUUCGAGUACAUGACCAUGGCCAUAAAGGAGUCUAUGCGAAUGAUAACCGCUGGACCCGUGAUGGGUCGUAAGCUGACAACUCCUUACACCGUAGAUGGCGUCACAAUCCCAGAAGGCACAACCGUUGGAAUUUGUUUACAUCAGCUUCACCACAACCCGACCGUCUGGGGCGACGACCACAUGGAGUACAAGCCUUCUCGCUUCCUGCCGGAAAAUGUCGCCAAGAUGGACCCUUUCUCUUACUCACCUUUCUCUGCCGGGGCGAGGAACUGCAUUGCUCAACAGUUCGCCCUGAACGAGAUGAAGGUAUUCACGGCCAGAAUCCUGAGACGUUUCCGUCUGAAAUGGGUGGAAGGGGAACCAGACCUGAUUCCCAUCAUGACGUUUGUGUCAAAACCCAUGAAACCAUUGUAUAUCGAUUUGGAAGCAAUCCACAAUACCUCUUAAAUGGAGGGCAUCUGGAGGAAAGCACAAAGCAAGAGCAUUUAGGGAAAAUAAAAGCAGAGGCUGGUAACAAAUUAGUAAGGCAAAAACAACCAAACUCCGCCUAUUGCCUGGCAAAACAAAACGAGGGGGAAUUAGUAUCAAUUCAGGCGAUUCACCAAAGUGGGCCUCCAAGAAGUAGUUUGCAACGCGUUGGCCAAUCACAAAGCGCGAAAUCUAAGAACCCCUUUCAAACGCGCAUUGGAUUGGCUGACGUCGCGCAUUGGGCCAAUGCGUUGCAAACUCUUUUAGGCGCACUAUUGUGAAUCGCCCGCAUUUUCAACAUCCAGUAUCUAAUGUACAUUUCUCAAGAUGUUUGAAAUGUCUUCAUUAAUUUAUCUGGAAAAAUCUUCCACUAAAAACAACGUUGGAAAAUGAUCCAUUCUGUUUUUUUGUUAUAAUUUUUUCAAUUAAUUUCUUUAAUUUGCUCAAGCAUUGGGAUGUUUGAAGCUUGUGAUUCGUUGUCACAGUCUCGCUCACUAAUGUGCCCAUUGAUAGUUUAGCAUUUGGUUUUUAAAAUUAAGAAAAAAAACCUGAUGUUAGAUCGAAAAUAAUGAUAAAUGGAAGAAACGGUUUCAGGGAUUCUAAACAGGUUUCAAGGAUUCUACUCCACCUACCCAUUGGAACGAUGUAAUGCUUUGUAGUGCCUACUAAGAUUUUGUAAGAUAUUAUCCUACAACUAAGGUAGCUAGUAAGACUUUUGUCCACACUGAGCAGUGUAGGUGACACCACGUCCCGUCGCGAUUGUUGGGAGAUGGAAUGCGGUAGUAUUGUGGAGAUAAUAUGAUGCCUCAAAUGAUAGAUAAAGGGAUUACGGGAUGUAGUUUGGUAGAUAUGUAAGACAUGACAUUUAAAAGUUGAUGUAUGAUUGUUAUUUGGAUACGGUUAAAAGUCACUGUUUUAUCUGGUCUAAUUAAUCAAAUAAUACAAUGUAUAUGCGGUUUUCGCAUUGAGUUAAAGUAAAAAACGGGACCAUUCUGCUUAAGGAAAUGGCAGAGAAAGCCAUUACUUUUCUCUGUCAGUAAUUGCCAAUUUGUCUCUUUUGUUCUUUUUGUAGUCAGCAAUAUUUUUCCUCUUCAGAAUUAAGUCGACAUUGCCCUCAAUGAAACAUAUUAGAAUGCAAUAACCACAGAGAUAAUGUGAGAGUGACCAACACGGGUGACAAUAUGAUUUGUUGUUCCCUUUUGUAUCUAACGCACUGGUAAACCAUUUUAAAACUAA